AUGUCCUACACGUCGUCUGCCCUUAGCUUCCUUCUGGAAGACCUAGGAAAGACAGUGAUCGUCACUGGCGCCCAGAUUCCGUUGUCACAACUCCGUAAUGACGCUGUGGAAAAUCUUCUGGGUGCAUUAGUGAUCGCUGGGCAUUACAUCAUUCCAGAGUGCUGCCUCUUCUUCAACCAUACAUUAUACCGCGGCAACAGGGUCUCUAAAUUUUCCUCCUACGAUUUCAAUGCUUUUGUCAGCCCCAAUUUUCCUCCUCUUGUCAAUGUUGGUAUCGACAUCGUCGUCAAUUGGAACGACGUCAUCAGACAGACAAGUCUUCGCCGAUUCAGGUCGCACAAAUACAUGAGUCCUCAUGUAGCUACCCUGCGGCUAUUCCCAGGCAUCACUGCGGCAACGGUACGAGCAUUCUUGGCCCCACCCACGCAAGGCGUUGUAUUAGAAACAUUCGGCUCCGGCAACGCCCCGCAACGGUCAGAUCUGAUAGAUGCCUUGAAAGAGGCCUGCGACCGAAGAGUCGUGAUAGUCUCCAUCUCCCAGUGCGCCAAAGGCUCCGUAUCCGACGCAUAUGAAAGCGGAAGGAGUCUUUUGAUGUCGGGAGUCCUGCCGGGGGGAGACAUGACGCCCGAGUGCGCACUCACGAAGCUCAGUUAUCUCCUUUCGAAACCGGAACUCUCGACAGUAGAGGUCCGGUCGCUCAUCAGCAUGCCUCUGCGCGGAGAGCUUACUCGACCCGCAAGUGCGCCUCCUCCGAGUCUCAGCAAUGCCACGGGAUUGGAUCAGAAUCUUGAGAAUAUCCAGGGCUUACUGUCACAGGUCGUCCGCCUAUCGACCACGAGACCCCAAGUGCCGAGGAUCUGCAUCGCCAGCGAAGACAGUGACAGUAACGAUAAUAUGGCAGAAGCAGCGGCACCGUGGUCAUGGACCGCGUCAGAAGCGGCGUCGACCGAGAGCGCGCUCUUUCCAUUCCUGAUCCACCUCGCUGCGGCCCGCGACGACGUUGAAGGCAUAAACUUUUGCCUCUACGCAGGGAGUGGCAACAGCACGGAGAUGCCCGUGAGCCCUUCGCCAGAGUAUCAGUUCAAAAGUGCCGUCGCCAUCGGGGGCGGGCUCGUGAACUGCCUCGAGCCUGCGUCCGGCCGCUCCCCGCUUCAUGUGGCGGCGUUGAACGGGAGCGUCAGGAUUGUCAAUGUGCUACUAGAGGCGGGCGCGCUCGUGCACCUACGCGAUGCGCUCGGGCAUACUCCAUUAUAUUACGCUGCCAGGCAGGGCCACGAGGACGUGGUGGAUAUCCUGGUGAAAGCGGGAGCCAUCCUUGGAGGAUCAGAUGUAGAGGGAGGGUUUGCAGCACUCGCGACUAAGAAAGCGUCGCGUGCAAAGGAUGAGCACUUGCUGAAGAUCUGGGAGAAGGCGGGGAUCACGACGGGGCGACAUGAAGGAUAA